AUGGCGGGCUGUCACGCAUUUUAAUAUAUCUGCAACUACUGAAUCGGUAGUUCAUUUGCCACGAAACCGGUGAUUCGAUGAGUGGUAUGUCUAAAUUGUGGGAUGCAGCCGUGAAGGCAAAAAUAACAAAACAGAAACUUGCUACUGGAGCAGUUUUGUGUGUUAUUGCCGCUUACGGAGCUAAGCGAUAUUAUCCACUUCUAGCCAAAGCUACAGGCAUCAAGGGCAAAUCGCAUGAUUGUUCAGAAAUUGUGCGAUUGAAUGGCGUCUCAAAAGAAAACAAUAAACCAUACAAGAAAAGAAUAGCUGUUGAUAGAAGAUUUUUCAAGCAGCUUAAAUAUCUCUUAAAGAUAAUUAUUCCAAAGUUAUGGAGCCAGGAGUCUGCCUUGUUGAUACUCCACAGUAUCAGUCUGAUCACCAGGACAUUUUUGUCCAUAUACGUAGCGUCUUUGGAUGGAAGCCUUGUCAAGACAAUUGUACAGAGAGAUGUCAUGAAAUUCAUCCUACAGCUAAGCAAAUGGCUUUUGAUAGCUGUACCUGCUACUUUUGUGAACAGUUUGAUUCGAUACUUGGAGAGCAAACUUGCACUGGCAUUUAGAUCACAAUUGGUGAACCAUGCCUAUGGAUUAUACUUUAACAAUCAGACUUACUACCGAGUGAGUAACCUGGACAGUCGUCUGUCAAAUGCUGAUCAGUGUCUAACGGAAGAUAUUACAUCAUUUACCACCUCACUGGCUCAUUUGUACUCGCAUUUGACAAAACCAUUUCUGGAUGUAUGUUUAAUGUCUUUAACCCUCUCCAGACUUGCAAGCAGCCGAGGAGCUAGUUCCAGAAUACCUGUUAUUGUAGGAACAACUGCAAUUGUUGUCACUGCAAAAAUCCUGAGAGCAAUGUCACCAAAAUUUGGAAAACUAGUUGCCGAGGAAGCUAAACGCAAAGGAUACCUUCGCUAUGUUCACUCAAGAAUUAUCACAAAUGCAGAAGAAAUUGCAUUCUAUGCUGGUCAUCAGAUUGAAAAGAAACACUUGGAAAAGAGUUACAUGUCUCUGGCCGGCCAGAUGGACACCAUCUACUACAAGAGACUUUGGUAUGUCAUGUUGGAGCAGUUCCUCAUGAAGUAUGUGUGGAGUGCCAGUGGGCUCGUCAUGGUAGCUGUUCCCAUCAUCACUGCAACAGGGAUUCGCGCUGAUGGUACACAGGUAGAUGACGAUCCAGACGGUGGUGUGAGUGAGAGGACACGAUCCUUCACCACCGCCCGCAAUCUACUCAUCAACACUGCAGAUGCCGUGGAGAGAAUGAUUUCAUCGUACAAAGAGAUCACCGAGUUGGCCGGCUACACCGACAGGGUGUCUGAGAUGUUCCAGGUAAUGGAGGAAGUCAACAGUGGCCACUACGAACGCAAGAUGGUCACCAAACCAAAGUCACAGAAACAUGACCGAAUCACUGGACCCUUGGAACUCAGAGGGGAUGUCAUGGACACAGAAUCAACCAUUGAGAUUGAAAACCUGCCUAUUGUCACACCCAACGGAGAUGUCAUCGUGUCCAGCCUAUCUCUCACUAUGAAUCCUGGCAUGCACAUGUUGAUCACUGGCCCAAAUGGCUGCGGCAAGUCGUCCCUGUUCCGUAUCUUGAGUGGCCUGUGGCCGGUGUACAGUGGCAAGCUACACAAACCCCCACCGUCGGCCAUGUUCUACAUUCCACAGAGACCAUACAUGUCCAUCGGGACACUGAGGGACCAGGUGAUCUACCCCGACUGCAAGGAGGACAUGAUGAAGAAAGGCUUCACUGAUACUCAUCUCGAUGGCAUCCUCGACAUUGUGCAUCUGGCACAUAUUGUACAGAGGGAGGGAGGCUGGGACGUGGAGAGUGAUUGGAAAGACGUGUUGUCUGGCGGUGAGAAGCAGAGGAUGGGCAUGGCCAGGAUCUUCUACCACAGACCUCAGUUUGCUCUGCUGGACGAGUGUACCAGCGCUGUGUCUAUUGAUGUUGAGAGCAAGAUGUACCAGGCUGUUAAGGAUGGUGGUACGACCCUGCUCACCAUCACUCACCGACCGUCCUUAUGGAAGUUCCACACCCACCUGCUGCAGUUUGACGGGGAGGGAGGCUGGCGUGUGGAGCAGCUGGACACAAACACUCGGCUCACCCUCAACGAGGAGAAGCAGAGACUGGAGGCCCAGCUGGCCGGCAUCCCCGAGAUGCAGUCUCGACUCACAGAGCUCUGCUCCAUACUGGGGGAGGACUCCGUGCUUCGGAACGUCAGUGGCAACUUUGCAACCAACAAUAACAAGGACAGCUUCGAAUCGACACCGUCAUCAAGUUGAUAUUCAGAUACGUAGCAGAAAAAAGGGAUGAUUACGAUUUCAUCAACCUGUGUUUACGGUGUACAUUAUUGAGCAUUAAUGAACAAGAGAUCUUCAUCUUAUUUACUAGUCCUGCUAGUAGGGUAAGAGCUUUGGUACAUCGAGACUGGUGUAGAUAUAUUGAUUUUCUAUUUGUUAUGAAAGGUUUCAGUGUUUGAAAGGAAGGAGUUUCUUAGUCAAUGUGAUUAAGUAUUAAUUAUCUGUUGAAUUGUUCAGAUAUUUAUCUUGUCAUGUCGGAUUAUGAAUAAGGAUUUCAUAGUCAGAUGCUUUGAAUUCAGAUGAACAAACCCAGCAACAUUGGGCCACAAGAGAAAUCUAUUUUCUUGAAGAUUUUAAGAAUUUAUGUGACUCACGUUGACCAUAAACAUGAUAAACAAAACAGGUCUUUCCCACUAACAGGCUACUGUUGCCUGAUUGGCUGAUAACAGAAUGGACAUGGCUUGUUUAUUUUAGUGUUAGAGGUUAUGAUUAAAUAAGCAGUCUGUGAAGUUAUUAUUAUUGAUGUAUUUAUUUAUUCACUCUUUUUGGAUGUAUAAAUGUAAAAAAAACAAUGAUAAACUGAAGUAUGCACAGUUUUUGACAUUUAUACGUCCAUAAACACACCAAAAAAAGAGUGAAGUCGAUUCUUAAUAAAUCAAUUUCAGCCUUU